GCGGAAGCGAGAACAAGAGAAGAGAGAAAGACAACUGGUGAGGCAUCUGGUUGAUUCUCGUCCACCAUUUUUAUCAAAGUAAACCUAAGUGAAAAACAAAGAGAGAGAGGGAGAGAGAGAGAGACAGAGAGAGAGAGAGAGAGAGAGAGAGAGAGAGACCUGAAAACAGUCUUUGGACUCUCGCCAUGAUGAAGCUGCACAGUCGACUCUGUCUCCUCGGUUUUAUAGCAAUAUGUUCAUUUGCCAGCGUACAAGUGGAAAGUGUGGUGACUCCCGGUCCUGCUCCUGUAGAACCUCCUAUAAUGGACAGUGACGUUUCUCCAACUGAUCCACUCCUCGGCGACGGUAGGGAGUCACUCAACGAAACGGCAAAUGAGACCGGGACAACAGAGGAACCAUCAGAUCGCCUGUCAACCGUCUCCAUGGAAGAGACGACAGGAACACCCGCCGCUGCCAACUUCACCGACCUCUCCGACCUCAUCGAUUUCAACGUCACAAAAGACGGACGCGACUUCCUGCAUGAAGACCCGGAAGCGACCAAUGGCAGCGCGGCGUCAAUGACACCAACCUCGGUCAGCCCGACAAGCAGUGAGGGGAGGGGUUCAGUUUCUGACGGUGUGCCGGUUUCCAUAGCGACGACAACCACGACGACACAAGCAGUGCCUGUCCAGGGAAGCAGCGCAUCCUGGGGUUAUGUGAUCCUGGUGAUGAUCAUCCUGUCCGUGGUCGCGCUCUGCGUCAUUCUCUUCUUCCUCAGGAGACACAGCAGGAGGUAUUCGUUUGACCUGCACCGUCCCGGGCCGUUCAGCCACAACGGGCCCGAACACACCGGCACCUUUGAGCCUGUGUAUCUGGAUGACCUGGACCGCCCGGUCCCGUCGGACCAUGUGACCAGCGAUGACCUUUCACCUCCUCCGGUAGCCAAUGGGACGUCUCUCCCGUCGGAGGAGAAGAGCUCAGCUGGAGAGAACGGUGCCCCCAACGGACAGGUGGGCGGAGACGGGCCAGAGACUCCGCCCCCCUGCGACCUCAGCCUCUCAUUGGACAUCGACCUGACUGACAAGAAGUCCGACCAAUCGGGCAGCUCGAGCUCGUUCUUCGACGCCGUCUGCCAGGAGCAGCAGAACGGGAACAACAACAACCCGACCGGCGGCUCCAGUCUUCCCUUCGUUGAGAUCAGUCUGGACGAGCCGGUGUGGUGCGAUCACCUCCUCACCUCACCCGGGCCGGCCUCCUCCGUCCUGCCCUUCUCUCCUUUCUCGCUCUCCUCGUCUCCUUAGCAACUCCACCAUCACCACCACCAUCAUCACCAUCAUCACCACCACCAUCACCACCAUCACCA